AUGUGUGGUUUGAAUGUGCAAGAAUUUGUGUGUGGUGUGUUCUGGAGUUUGGGAAUGUGUUUUGUGUUAUUUUUGUUUGAGCAGGUAUUUGUGAUAAUAGAUCUUGAGAAGAUCUUUCCGACGCAACAAGAAUCGCUUCAAUCGGAGCAAGAACGCGAAAGCUAUGAAGAUUCAAAGUUCAUGAGCUUGCGUUACAAUUGCGGCGGUUACUAAGUGAAGUUGUGGGGUGACUUUAUGUGGAGUUGGGACCUUUGGGGUUGGGGAAACUUGUCACUCUACUGUAACAGCUGCAAAAUUGGUUGGGAACAACCAAGCUAGGUUGGCAAGGGUGGCCAACUUGGAUGGAUUGGUUGGGAAGGGACAAAGGUCAAAGUUGAGGUUCCUAUAGGGAGGGAAUCUUUGUGCUUAUGGGGUUUCCUUGGUUGGGGACUCUCUUGGGACCUUCCCUCUCAUCCCUCUCUUCAUAUCCCAACCUUUCUCUUGCUCCUUCUAAUUCCUUGUGAGAUUCUUGAACUUUGAUUGAAUUUUGAGAUUGAGUUAAGUUCUCCUCCUACAGCUUACCCCCUAGUGCGUCGAAAGCCAUAGCGUCGCGAAUACUUCAUCAAUCAACAUGAUUCAAAUUGGGAACGGUAGCUGAGAUUAAGAGCUACAACAUAUUCGAGUUUCGCGACAUUCCAACGGCUAGUUUUCCGUCGACGUCGUUUCUUGUGAAGACGACUUUUCUGUCCAGAAUUUCGGAUUUAUAUUUUGAGUAAUUCUAGCUCCUAAGUUCACCUAGACUCCGUCCUUAAUCCUAACAGUAAGUCCGACUUCAGGUGUCGAAAAAAAAUACAGUAGGGCACGUAGAAGAUCUAGCCGAUUCUCCUCCUCAGGUCGACGCAGAUAUUGCGCGAGUUGGCUAGUAGCAUAGGCGAGAUCUGGGUGACAUGUCACAGCUGCGAAUAGAAGACAACCCAGCUGCUGCUGAUAGAGCUGAAGUUCGGUGCUGUCAAGCGGAGUUGCAUCAUGCUUGUGAUCCGUAGGCAGAGAGUGGUAAGGCGUAGUGACUGUCGAAGGUGUGAGGUUAAACCAUGUGGCUAGUGUAGCAGCAUACUUUGAAGCGGUAAGAUGAAUAGUAGUUGAUGUGUGAUGAAUGUUUAGGUCGAGAAACUGUGUUACGGUAGGUGUGAUUUUUAUCUGUAGGUGUAGUUGAAGUGUCCGUUCGAAGGCAGUAGCGAGAGAAUCCGUGGUGUUGACGUAGAGUAAUUCGUCGACAUAAGCGACGAGCAGAAUGUAGUCAGGUCCAUCGGUAAGUUAAUACAUUCCUUGGUCGUGCGGUAAUUUUCGAAACCCGGCAGCAAGUAAUUGAGCGUGAAGAUACUGCUGCCACAAGCGUGGAGCCUGUUUAAUGCCGUAGAGGGACUUUCUGAGACGGCAGACACUUGGAGGAUUAGUUUCAUAAGAAUGCGGGUGCUCAACCAAAAUUAAUGCGUCGACGGGUGCAUAUAGAAAUGCAUUGGCGAAGUCGAUUUGGCGAAGUAUGAAAUUCCGGCAUGCUGCGACGUAGAGUAAAGUCGGGCACUAGUGUGUCUGCCGACAGGAGCAAAUGUUAUCUUGUAGUCAAGUCCAAAAGUCUGCUCGAAGCCGUGGACAACCCAUCGCGCCUUGAAUUUCUUGAAGGAACCAUCAGCGUUCGUCUUCACACGAAAUACCCAUUUGCAGGUGUCACACGAAUAGCCGGUUUGGAGACAACAUGCAUGGGCUGCUGCUAGCGAUCAUGCUCGUAAUCAAUAAGAAUAUCCCGAACGUCUUCAGAAUCAGCUUUGGAGAGUGGGAUGAAUUCAGCAGUUUCGUCUGACGUGGCUGGCAUGGGGAUGUCUGCGGCAGUUGCUUUGGAAUUCUUGGCAAUUGCAUCAUCCUGAAUCAAGAGUAGUAAUCACUGCUACUACUAUACAAGAUACUGUUGGAACCGAAGUUCCUUGUGCUUCAAAUUGAAGAACGGAGACGCCAUAUUGUGUGGCAGCUCUCCCGAUGUCAAGGUCUCGCUGCUCUGCUUGAAGAAUUGAGCAAAUUUCGGCUUCAGAAAGAUUGGGUUGAAUUCGAAAAAGAGAUCGACACUGUCGCCAUUCGGGUCCAAGGCCGGCAAGGAUUGUUAUAAACAUGUCCUUUGGGA